GUCUCUAUUCAAACAAUCCUCUGACUCAGACACACCUUACUGUGAAGUCAGACUAACAGUAUGUAGCUGUCUGACAAAUGGCAUUGUUCAUCCCUGAUAUGGCUGGUCAUCUGUUCUUGGUCGUCCUCCUUUUUGGCCCUCCUCUUCCCAGGUUGACAGUGAGUCCUGCUUUCAUCAGAGAGAGCGACUCAGUUCAGCUGAGCUGUGAGACUUCUCCAUCCGUCUCCGUGUCUCAGUGUUAUCUCUUCACUGAGAAAAGAGACUUUAAACCAUCCUGUCGGCAGACACUCACAGGGACUGAGCUCCUCUCGUGGUCAGAUCAACGUUCACCUGCUGUGGUCAAUGUGAGAUGUUUCUACUAUGCUAUUGGUAGUUUUUCCCCAUCCUCUGACAGCGACCCUGGCUCAGUCACUGUCCAAGUCCCUCCUCAGCUGACAGUGAGUCCUGAAGUCAUCAGGGAUACAGACACAGUUCAGCUGAGAUGUCACACUUCUCAAUCUACCUCUGUGUCUCAGUGUUACUUCUACAUAGAGGAAAGACAACAUCUCCAACAAACCACAUCCUGUCAACAGUCACUCACAGGGACCAAGCUGCUUGAAUGGGCAGGUCGUGGUCCAACCACCAAGGUCAACAUGAGAUGUAUCUACAAUGCUGUAGAGAUGUCUAUCUACUCUCCUUACAGUGACCCUGUCUCAGUCACUCUCCUGGACCUCCCUCAGCCCAGGCUGACAGUGAGUUCUACAGUCAUCAGAGAGAGAGACUCAGUUCAGCUGAGCUGUGACCCUCCUCCAUCCUUCUCUGUGUCUCAAUGUUACUUCUACACAGAGGGGAGAGAUCCUAAACACUCACCCUGUACGAGGUCACUCACAGGGGCUGAGCUGCUCUCGUGGGCAGGUGAACGUUUAUCUGCUGAGAUCAAACUGAGAUGUUUUUACACAGUAGAGACUCACUAUCCAUCGACGCACAGUCAUCCUGCUCCUAUCACUAUUCUUGGUGAACUGCAGAAACCAGACAUUAGUGUCAAUGACGAAUCUUCUCAUGACAUCACCAUUUUUUGUGUACUUCCUGAGUCUGUCAGUGAUGGUCAUAGCUGUAACCUGUACACUGGAGACCAGCCUCAGGCCUACAAAGAGGCUUGGGUCAGGAGAUUUAACACAGCAUUAUCCAAACUAUUCUGUACCUUCAGUGUUACUAAGAAUGAUCUGUUCAGGCAUCUGCAGUUGGAGAGAGAUGUGAGCUGUGACUAUAGAGUGAACACAGGAUCCCACUCUCUGUCUCCCCGCAGUGAUAAAUACAUUAUUACAGGUCAGAAACCAAAUAUUACAGUCAGUCUGAAAGAGAACUUCAUCAUCACCUGUUUAAUUCCUGGCUCUGUCAGUUAUGACACCACCUGUAACCUGUAUGUUGGAGAGCAGAGUAAGCAUCUUAUAAAAGCACACAUCUGGAAGACGAAACACACAGAUUCCAAAUGCUGGUUCUGUCAAUUCUCUGUGGUUGAGAGUGAUCUGAUCAGACGUCUUCAGACAGUGAAACGUAAGGAGGUGAACUGUGACUACAGAGUGAGCUCAGGACCAUACUCUCUCUCUCCACGCAGUGAUGGGUACAACUUUACAGUGGGUAUGACUCCAGGUCCUAGAUCUACUUUGCCUCCCAGCACAACAGUGAGUCCUACAGAAGGUCCAGUGCAGGUAUCUGCAAAUGAAGGUGCUGAUUCAGAGAAUGCAGGGGUCUACAACCUGAUCACUUCUGUACCAUCCACAUCUGUACCAUUAGGUCCUUUUGAAGAAAAUGGAAAGUCAUCUGAAAAUGACAAUAUAAGUUCAGAAUCACCCACUGUGUUUGGUGAUUGUGAACGACUCUCAGUUUCAGAUUGAUGUUACAUCCUUUUAAAUUACAUUACAUUUACAGUACUGUAGAAUUAAAGGACUGAAGUUAAA